GUGAGAGCGGGAAGAGCACGUUCAUCAAGCAGAUGCGGAUCAUCCACGGAGCCGGCUACUCGGAGGAGGACAAGCGAGGCUUCACCAAGCUCGUGUACCAGAACAUCUUCACUGCCAUGCAGUCCAUGAUCCGGGCCAUGGAGACGCUCAAGAUCCUGUACAAGUACGAACAGAACAAGGCCAAUGCGCUCCUGAUCCGGGAGGUGGAUGUGGAGAAGGUGACGACAUUUUCCGCCAAGUACUACCUGACCGACGUUGACCGCAUCGCCACCUCGGGCUACCUGCCCACACAGCAAGAUGUGCUGCGGGUCCGUGUGCCCACCACGGGCAUCAUUGAAUACCCUUUUGACCUGGAGAACAUCAUCUUCAGGAUGGUGGACGUGGGUGGACAGAGGUCAGAGCGGAGGAAAUGGAUCCACUGUUUUGAGAAUGUGACCUCCAUUAUGUUUCUCGUCGCCCUCAGCGAGUACGACCAGGUCCUCGUGGAGUCAGACAAUGAGAACCGGAUGGAAGAGAGCAAGGCCCUGUUCCGCACGAUCAUCACCUACCCCUGGUUCCAGAACUCGUCGGUCAUCCUCUUCCUCAACAAGAAGGACCUGCUGGAGGACAAGAUCCUCUACUCCCACCUGGUGGACUAUUUCCCUGAGUUUGACGGGCCCCAGCGGGACGCCCAAGCAGCCCGGGAGUUCAUCCUGAAGAUGUUUGUGGACCUGAACCCCGACAGCGACAAGAUCAUCUACUCCCACUUCACGUGCGCCACCGACACGGAGAACAUCCGCUUCGUCUUCGCCGCCGUCAAGGACACCAUCCUGCAGCUCAACCUGAAGGAGUACAACCUGGUGUGACCUCCACGCCCCCAGCGGGCUGGAGCGGGAGGAGCAGAGGCUGGGAACGCGCAGGGACCGGCCCUUCUUGCACGGCGCAGGCGGCCAGCGGCCAGUCCAGCCGCCUCGGCUCGGUCUCACGUCUCUGCCCGCAGGAGGAGUUGAUUUUUUUUCCUUCAUAUUUUUAACAAAUGGUUUUUAUUUCACAGUUAUCAGGGGACGUACAUCUUUCUUCCUUCACACCUCGUGCACCUUCUCACCUUUUGUCAGCGGCAAAGGCAGCCUUUUUCUGGCCUUGACUUGUGGCUCGCUUUUUUCUAAAAAAAAAAAAAA